AUGGAAAAGCAGAAUUCGGAAGGACCUGAACCUGGCAAGAGAGCAAGGAAAGGCCCCCAGCUCAUCCAAGCUGGGAGUGGCAUUGAAUCCUGGGAGACAGCGGUGCCAGAGAACUGGGAUCAGGAGCCCCUGAACUCAGAAGUACAUUGCCGAAGCUUCCGGUGGUUACGCUACUGUGAGGCUGAUGGGCCCCGAGAGGUUUGCAGCCAGCUCCAUGAACUUUGCAAACAAUGGCUGAAGCCAGAGAGACACACCAAGAAGCAGAUCCUGGACCUGGUGAUCCUGGAGCAGUUCCUGACCCUCGUGCCCCAGAAAAUGCAGCGCUGGGUCAGAGAAUGCGGGCCUGAGACCAGUUCCCAAGCGGUGGCCUUGGCCGAAGGUUUCCUCCUGAGUCAGGCAGAAGAGAAGAGGCAGGCAGAACAGAGGUGGGGUCCAUCCAUGAAGAUGGAAGCUAAGUUUUGUGAGACAGAAAGUACUCGGUUGGAGGAAGGGCAGCAGACCUGGGACCCGGAGUGUGCCAAAGAUGCCCUCUCAUGCAGCAGUGAAGAGACAGUGCUGAUCCAUUCUCUUUGCAGAGGUGUGGAGACAGCUGCUUCUCCUCCAGUCCAGUCUCCAGUUUCCUUUGAGGAGGUCGCUGUGCAUUUCACUGAGGCGGAGUGGGCCCUGCUAGAUCCGAACCAAAGAGCUCUCUACAAGGAAGUCAUGCUGGAGAACUACGGGAGCGUGGCGUUUCUGGCAGUGAAUGAUCAGUGGAAUGAGGGUGAUCAGAAAGUGCAUCAGCUAUGGCCAGAUAAAGUGAAGAAUGAAUAUUUAAAAGGAAACUUCAGGAAUCAAAGCAGACCUAAGAGGCUGAAAGGAAGUCACAUGGUCAAAAAGAGGGAUAAACCCAUUCCUGGCCAAGAGCAGGAUUUCCAUGAACUAUCCCACAUGGUGGAGGUGGCAUGCAAGUGCCUGGAGUGUGGAAUGAACUUCUCAGAUCAAGCCCAACAUGAGAUCCAUUUGCAAAUGCACAGUAGAAUGAAGAUCCAUCAGUGCUUGGAAUGUGGCAAGGGCUUCCAUCUCAGAGCAGAGCUCUUUAGUCAUCAAAGAACACAUGAACCUUACAGCUGCUCAGACUGUGGCAAGAGCGUCUCACAGAAAUCAGAUGUUUUUCAACACCAAACAAUUCAUUCAGGAGAGAAGUCAUUUACCUGCAUGGAGAAGGGAAGAAAGGGUAAUGCACUUUUUAAAAAGCCUAAUAUAAUGGGGGUACAUAGAUGCUUUCGUUGUGGAAAGUACUUCAGAUACAGAUCACACCUCCUUGUGCACCAAAGAGUACACACAGGAGUGAAACCUUUUGAAUGCUCACAGUAUGGAAAGAGAUUCAGUGAGAAAGGCACUCUUCAAAAGCAUCAAAGAGCCCACACAGGGGAGAAACCUUAUGAAUGCUCCGAGUGUGGAAAGAGAUUUACUAGAAGUGGCAGUCUUCAAAGGCAUCUAAGAACCCACACAGGAGAGAAACCUUUUGAAUGCUCAGAGUGUGGAAAGAGAUUCAGUCGAAAUAGCAGUCUUCAAAGCCAUCGAAGAACCCACACAGGGGAGAAACCUUUUGAAUGCUCAGAGUGUGGAAAACGAUUCAUUCGGAGUAGCGGUCUUCAAAGGCAUCGAAGAACCCACACAGGGCAGAAACCUUUUGAAUGCUCCGAGUGUGGAAAGAGAUUUACUAGCAGUGGCAAUCUUCAAAAUCAUCUAAGAACCCACACAGGGGAGAAACCUUUUGAAUGCUCAGAGUGUGGAAAGAGAUUCAGUCAGCGUGACAGUCUUCAUAAGCACUUAAGAACCCACACCGGGGAGAAACCUUUUGAAUGCUUAGAGUGUCGAAAGAAAUUCAGUCUGCGUGACAGUCUUCAUAAGCACUUACGAACCCACACAGGGGAGAAACCUUUUGAAUGCUUAGAGUGUGGAAAGAAAUUCAGUCGGAGUAGCGCUCUUCGAAGUCAUCUAAGAACCCACACAGGGGAGAAACCUUUUGAAUGCUCUGAGUGUGGAAAGAAAUUCAGUCUGAGUGACAGUCUUCAACAGCAUCGAAUAAUCCACACAGGGAAGAAACCUUUUGAAUGCUCGGAGUGUGGAAAGAGAUUCAGUAGGAAUAGCCAACUUCAAAGUCAUCUAAGAACCCACACAGGGGAGAAACCUUUUGAAUGCUCAGAGUGUGGAAAGAGAUUCAGUCACAGUAGCACUCAUCAUAGGCAUCGAAGAACCCACACUGGGGAGAAACCUUUUGAAUGCUCAGAGUGUGGAAAGAGAUUCAGUCGGAGUGACAGUCUUCAACAGCAUCGAAGAACCCACACAGGGAAGAAACCUUUUGAAUGCUUGGAGUGUGGAAAGAAAUUCAGUCUGAGUGACAGUCUUCAACAGCAUCGAAGAAUCCACACAGCAAAGAAACCUUUUGAAUGCUCGGAGGAGAAGCCUCUCUUCACAGCCAAGUGA